GGCCCUCUCAUCACUGGAGCUGCGAUAGAAGCAUAAUGGGCUGCGGAUGAGCACUGGAGAGAGAAAGGAGAGAAUGUAUACAAUGGCGUUGGAAACACGGAUGAGACUUACUUCAUGGAGUGGGCAGGGAACGGGGGACGGUCCAUCUUCUGCAGUAGAAUGCACAGCAAUUUCCGCAGACCAUCUGGUCUCAAUUGAAACAAUCACAAAACGAAACACUUACCUUUGUGGUGUCCAGCGGGAGAAGACCCAUGGGCCCUGCACGUACACGACAGGUAUGAGCGCAAGCAAACGCCGGCUCCCUAGCAAGCAGCUAGGCCCAGGAGAUCUCGCCUGGAGGAGGCUUCCGAUGUGGGUUUGAAGGCUGAUGGCCGGUCCUCACAUGCAGAAACUGGCACUGGUCUCCGUACUGGCAGUGACCGCUGGCCAUGUAGUAGCGGCACACAUUCCUCUUUGGCCCGCGGUGCAUGGUAGCACCGUCGGCCCCCGCGGCCCCUAGCUUCUUGCCUCCGG